UUACAUAUAACUCUAUCUAGAGCUUCUCCUGAACCUUAAACUCUUUAUUAUAUCUUUCGUUACGUUAACGUUGGCCAAUAAUGAAGCUGCUCAUUAAGCUGUUCUUCAUUCUCAUGAUCGUUUUUGUAGAUUUCACCAUAUGUACUUAUGCUGCAUUAGCCCCAGAAUUAGAAGAUCUUGAUGACGAUAAUUAUGGAGAACUUGUUGUUCAAGAACAUAAUGAUCGUAAUAAUCUAGGAUCUUCUUCUGAUGAUAUAAAAGCUCAUCAAGUAGUGCAACGUUUCCUUUCGCAAAAGAAUAAGCGAAAGAAUCGCCGGCCAAAUUGCAAGAAGUUUCCGGGGAUUUGUGGAGCGAAAGGCAGCCCUGGGCCGAAUUGUUGCAAGAAGAAGUGUGUGGAUUUGGUGAGAGAUCGCCAAAACUGUGGCAAGUGUGGGAAGAAAUGCAAGUACAAUCAGAUAUGUUGCAAUGGCAAGUGUGUCAACCCUUCCUUUAACAAAAACCAUUGUGGUGCCUGCAACAAUAGCUGCAACAAUGGUGGCCUCUGUGCUUUUGGUCUUUGCAACUAUGCAUAGGACUCUAGUAUAUAUACACUCCUUCAUACGUGAUAUUGCAUACAUUCUUUAAUUAAUUUACAAGUUUGGGAUUGAACUUCUUUAAUAUGUGGAAAGAGAAGAAGACUCCUAUACAUAAAUGUGUCAUGUUAUAUUAGGGCAUUAAUGUUACUAAAUUUAUGAGCUAGCUAGCCUAGCCUUAUGCAGCAGUACCAAUAUACAAGCUUUAUAUUAAUUGUUAGUACUUAUGUGCUAUAUAUACAAUUUUUAGCUGUAGCUUUGUGAAAUUGAUUCAAUGUUAGUGUACGAUCCUCCUGUAUCAAAAUUAAUACAUACUAUUGUUUCACAGUA